UCAAGGGUGCACGUGUCUCAUCACAGACCUUAGACUCCCGCGUCAAACGUAGUUAGGUCGACUCUGCACGACCACCGCAGGCAUCUAUAUAAUGUUACGAAGUCAUAAAAACUGGAAUCCUGUCUACCGAAGGCAACCCGUUGUAACCUCACUUGACAUCUACGGCUCGUCACCUCAUACAAGUUCCGAGUGUAAUGCACCCAGAUUCGAUUCCAGAAGACAUUUUCAUCGCCUUUGGUGCAUUAUUAACCAUUGAUGAUGUGUUCUCAUUAAGAAAGUGUGGCUCAAAGCAUUUCUAUUGGAUGUCGCUUUCAAAAGCAUUUUGGCUUGCCUGGAUAAAUGAGAACAUUGCCAAAGCAGGCUUGUGGACGCCACAGCACCUCAGCGGAUUACGCGCCUCACCAAGAGCUGUUCUGGAGCGCCUGGCUGUUCGGACUUUUCGUCUCUUGCGCAAUCGUGACCUGCGGACUUUACGUCCCCGAUGUCUUAAGAACAUUCAAUGCAAUGCUAAUUCUAUAUCAUGGCUCACUCUAUACGGAGGCCGUUGGCUCUUCCUCGCAUCUACCCAGGGAACGUUCGAGCUCUGGGACAUCCACCACGAUCAUCGUCGUCGGCCACUUGAUUUCCAUUCUACUGGCGGAUGGGUAUGCUCGGGGCUCGUUCAUUCUUUUCAAACUGAUGUCGAUAAACCUAUUCUUGUCGUCUCGUACAGCAAUCAUAGUUCUCAGCUGCUAGAAUGUGCAUUAGGUGGUCAUUCCACGCUCACUCAUCUGAGGACAUACGACGCUGCUUCUGAGCCACUUACUGCACGUAAUGACCUUAUUCUAUUUGCUACUUCAGUUGAGCCGGAAGUAUUAACGCUUGCCAGAAUGGAUGGUGCAACAUACACUCUCACUUCCAAAGUCGAUGAUAUUGCUGUAAGCAUUUCAGUUUUGCUUGAUGGCGUGAAUUGAGACACUGUUUCAGCCACAACGUAUACAGACUGCAGUUUUUACGGAAUCUGAUAUCAUUGUCUUCAAAUAUUCCACCAUCCACAUAUACGGACUUGACGUGUUGGACAAGCCUCCCAUCUGCAUCAAUCCC